AUGUCAGAAAUAAAUGACCCUGGCUCCCAGGUGGACUCAGUCUUGAGUGGGUUUAGUUACUUCUAUCAUAUAGUGAGCAGGUUUAGUUACUUCUAUCAUAUAGUGAGCAGGUUUAGUUACUUCUAUCAUAUAGUGAGCAGGUUUAGUUACUUCUAUCAUAUAGUAAGCAGGUUUAGUUACUUCUAUCAUAUAGUGAGCAGGUGGAGUUACUUUUAUCAUAUAGUGAGCAGGUGGAGUUACUUCUAUCAUAUAGUGAGCAGGUUUAGUUACUUCUAUCAUAUAGUGAGCAGGUGGAGUUACUUCUAUCAUAUAGUGAGCAGGUGGAGUUACUUCUAUCAUAUAGUGAGCAGGUGGAGUUACUUCUAUCAUACAGUGAGCAGGUGGAGUUACUUCUAUCAUAUAUUGAGCAGGUUUAGUUACUUCUAUCAUAUAGUGAGCAGGUUUAGUUACUUCUAUCAUAUAGUGAGCAGGUUUAGUUACUUCUAUCAUAUAGUGAGCAGGUGGAGUUACUUCUAUCAUAUAGUGAGCCGGUGGAGUUACUUCUAUCAUAUAGUGAGCAGGUUUAGUUACUUCUAUCAUAUAGUGAGCAGGUGGAGUUACUUCUAUCAUAUAGUGAGCAGGUGGAGUUACUUCUAUCAUAUAGUGAGCAGGUUUAGUUACUUCUAUCAUAUAGUGAGCAGGUGGAGUUACUUCUAUCAUAUAGUGAGCAGGUGGAGUUACUUCUAUCAUAUAGUGAGCAGGUGGAGUUACUUCUAUCAUAUAGUGAGCAGGUGGAGUUACUUCUAUCAUAUAGUGAGCAGGUGGAGUUACUUCUAUCAUAUAGUGAGCAGGUGGAGUUACUUCUAUCAUAUAGUGAGCAGGUGGAGUUACUUCUAUCAUAUAGUGAGCAGGUGGAGUUACUUCUAUCAUAUAGUGAGCAGGUUUAGUUACUUCUAUCAUAUAGUGAGCAGGUGA